GCUUCUCAGGCCUUGAGAUAUAGCAAUGUUGACGGGUAGAUGUCGUGAGAAAGGCUGCUGGUUAGGUUCUCUUUCGUACGGUGUGAAUUGGGCCAUUUUAUAUCUACUCUUGUCCCUUCCUGCAUCCAACCCCCAAAUACAAAAGCACCAAUCCCCUCAAGCGGGCUAUCCUCCUACGCGGUAUUUGGCAGCGUCCCGAGGGGCAGUGCAUCAGCACUCCAUCAUGAUGUCCAGCGUCGUAUCCAUUCUACCUGGUGUUGAUUCAUCCCGCCCGAAUGUCUUGGAUAGUCGACUGGGGAUGUCAAAUGUAACUGCCAAUGAUAUACGGAGAAAUCUUCCGUCGUGCUAAUGCAAUAGCAGCUAUUACCUGCGCGCACUGCCCGACGACGACGUGGCAAGUAAAUGUCAGCUGUGGCGGCUGACGUUGGAUAGCAGCCUGGCC